CCAACCUCCAUAACUAACAGUAACUACCACCUUUAUCAUUCCCAAAUUAUCAUUUUUUUUUUCAAAACCCUAAUCUUUAUUUAUUCAGUGGGGUUUAACAUAACCACCACCUCCUUAAUUUGGAAGGAAUUGCUAUUUUUCCCAUGAAAUUAUUUACGCUGUUUUCUCGAUUUUGUCACUGUAAAUAGCAGCAGCCUUUGCUGGAUAUGAGUGUAAUAUACCAUAGUUGUACCUGUCAUUAAGCUUUCUACGCCUAUGACCAUUGGUCUCAAUUUUUGUAAAUUAAAGGCACAACCUUUUUCCCCAAUAUUGUUGAAUUCGCUUGCAUUUAUUCGACAAUUAGCAUAGCUUGAAGCUGCUUGCACAAAUUCCGAAGAAGUUUUGUAUUUGCUGAAGGUAUUCGGUUUUGUUGGAGUACAAAUGGAUGGUAACGGAAUUGAUAAUGAUAGACAAGUUUUAGAAACUGGGUCGGAGAGAAGCCAAGAGGAGUCUAAUAAUACAAAUCAAAUUCAUGACUCUGAUGUGAAAUUUAAAUUGAGAGAAAGACAAGGUGAAGGAGACGGCAUCCAUGGAAGUUUUGACCGGCAACCAGAUAAUCGGUCUAUAGAUGGCGAGUUUGAUCUGCCUUCGACACCUCCGGCCAACAUUCGACAAUCAAACUUGUCGAAGUCCUCAUCUAUGGUAGAGGCGUCUUCAGUGAAAGAUCUCAGUGGUAGUCCAUCACCUCGGGUGUACAAAGGGUUGGACCAUUGCAUUACAGCACCUGUGCAGAGAAAUCUUUUCCUUGAAAAGGAAGAGCUUGCAUUUUCUCGGUCUAUGACUGAGAAGAGGGUGGGUAGUCCGUUGUCUGCUCUAAAGCUGGAUAGACUUUCAGAACGUGAGAAGAAAAAGUUAAUUGUCGAGAUAGUGAAGAUACAGAGUGAUGGAACUGUGGAGGUUGAUCUCACUAAGGAUUCUCCUGUAGCUUCAGAGUUAUUAGAGCUCCAUCAGUUCGAUAGAAUUCCUUCUGCUGUUGAUUAUUUUUUUACCGAUCAUAAUAAAUCGGUUCCAAAACUAAAGAUUGCAGUGCUUGUAGUUGGAACAAGAGGAGAUGUACAGCCAUUCCUUGCUGUUGCAAGGAGACUUCAGUCAUAUGGCCAUCAUGUUAGGUUGGCAACUCAUUCUAAUUUCCGUGGAUUUGUAAAGUCAGCCGGAGUGGACUUUUACCCACUUGGUGGUGAUCCUCGUGUUUUGGCUGGAUAUAUGGCCAGAAAUAAAGGUCUUAUUCCAUCGGCACCAGGAGAAAUUGCUAUACAACGUAAACAAAUAAAGGCCAUUAUUGAAUCUCUGCUUCCGGCCUGCACAGAACCAGAUCUAAUAACUGGGGAAACUUUCAGAGCUCAGGCAAUUAUUGCAAAUCCUCCUGCUUAUGGACAUGCACACGUGGCUGAAGCUCUUGGUGUUCCCUUGCACAUUUUCUUCACAAUGCCAUGGACGCCUACAUAUGCAUUUCCUCACCCAUUAGCACGUGUACCUCAAAGUGCAGGAUACUGGCUCUCGUAUAUUCUUGUGGACUUACUGAUAUGGUGGGGCAUCAGAGGACUUAUUAAUGAGUUCAGGAGAAAUAAACUGAAGCUUCCCCCUAUUGCAUACUUCAGCUCAUACCAUGGCUCGAUUUCUCAUCUACCGACAGGCUACAUGUGGAGUCCCCAUGUUGUACCCAAGCCAGACGACUGGGGGAACCAGGUCGAUGUUGUCGGGUACUGCUUUAUGAACCUUGGAUCAAAGUAUGAACCAUCUGAAGAAUUUGCAGAGUGGAUACAAAAAGGAUCUCCACCAAUUUAUAUUGGGUUUGGAAGCAUGCCUCUGGAUGAUUCGAACAAAACUACAAAGACCAUCUUGGAAGCUUUAGAGAUUACCGGGCAAAGAGGAAUAGUUGAUCGAGGCUGGGGAGACCUUGGUAAAUAUUCAAAUAUGCCCGACAACGUUUUCGUGAUUUUGGAUUGCCCUCAUGACUGGUUGUUUCCUCAAUGUUCUGCUGUGGUUCAUCAUGGUGGAGCUGGGACUACAGCAACUGGACUAAAAGCAGGGUGUCCAACGACCAUUGUUCCAUUCUUCGGGGAUCAGUUUUUCUGGGGUGAGAUAAUCUACCAGAAAGGACUCGGUCCUGCUCCGAUUCCCAUAUCACAGCUAACUGUUGAAUCCCUCACAGAAGCUAUAAGAUUCAUGCUGCAGCCAGAGGUGAAAUCUCGAGCAAUGGAAGUAGCAGCUCGUAUCGAAAAAGAAGAUGGCGUCGGAGCUGCUGUCGAUGCAUUCCACCGCCACUUACCAGCUGAGGUUCCAUUGCCGCCGCCAUCACCACCUCCAGAGAAGGAUGACGGCCCAAAUCCUCUACAGUGGUUGUUCACUCAGAUUGGCAGGAUCUGCUGCUUACCUUGUGCUUCUUAGACUCAUUUGUACAUAGGCUGUUUAUUAGGUAAUUAUUCAUUUUUUUUUGAGUUGGCAUUUGAUUAUUAAAUCUUGUACGUUGCUUGUGAGUGUUGUAAUAGCAGGUAGUAUAUAUUUGAUUAUUAUUUUAUGGAGUUGGUAAUUGAUUAGUA